AUGCCGGUACGCCGUUACUUGCCCGCCAUUGCAUGUACUUGUAGAGCCUCCAGGCCCCAUCCGUUACAUCCUGGGCGCGGUGCUGAUGCUGGUGGGGGUCGUGCUGCCGCUCACUUACUUCAUGUUCCGAUCCAAGCGAACCCCGCCUCCCUCGUUCAAGCAGACGUUCUAGCCACCCAAUUCUCUUCCCGCCGAAGCUACCCUAGAAAUCAGCGACCACUCGGGCUAUACGAGGACCAGGUGGGGACGUACGACUGGGUGCAGCCGCGCAUAGGUGGGGUUCGCUUCGCCGCGUUCCUCACGUCCUCGCAGCGCAAGCGCGUGCUCGUGGGCACUGACAGGAACGUCGUCGCGGCCCUGAACCUCCGCACGGGGGAUAUCGCGUGGCGCCGUGUGCUAGGCGACAAGGACACCCUCCGUGCGCUGGAUAUGGGCGGCAGAUACCUAGUCACCCUGUCUGGCACCAAGGCAGCAGCAGUGAGGGCGUGGGCUGUGCCUGAUGGGACUCUCGCGUGGGAGACUGUGCUGCCACUGCCUGCAGCUGCUGCAGCUGGAGUUGCCAAAUUCAUCACAAUCCCAGCCACUGAUGGGUCCUCACCAGACCAAGUGGUGGUCCUCCUUGGCUCAAAUGAAUCAGCAGAAGAAGCAGCUGAACCAGCAGCAGCUGAACCAGCAGGAGCAGCAUCGGAGGUGCAUUGCCUGUCAGCUGCUACGGGCGAGGUGCUGUGGUCCGCUACCCUGCCCACGCACGCCCACUCCAUCUCCCUGCUCCCACACGGCUCCAUCCUCCUCACUGCCCUCUCCCCCUCCCUCUCCUUCUCCCUCACCACUCUCGAUGGCGCCUCUGGGAAAAUCAUCGCUUCUGCUGCCUCUCCUCCUUCCUCAUCCUCCGUUUCCUCCUCAUUGCCUCGUUCUGCUGCGUAUGUCACGGCGACUGGCACUGCGGUGGCUGUGGAUUCGGCUUCUUGUAACAUCCUCACUGCUGCGCUGGUUACCUCUGCUACAGCAGAUGGUACAACCGCAACAGUGCAAGUGCACGGCACACCCCUCGCCUCUCUCUUACCCAGGGAGCAUUACCAGGCAGGGGUCUCUGCUGCCGUGGUGCCAGAGAAAGCUCCAGGAAGCUUCUUCUGGCUGUCUGUGCCUGGAGCUGUGUUUCUUUUGUCGGCAGGGGGGGCAGACGGGCAGGAUGGGUCGGCAGGACAGGUGUCGCUCGUUGAUUCGUUCCCUGGAUUGAGCGCUGUUAGUGCGAGCGUCGUGGGGGGAGCAGCAGGGGCAGCAGGAGCUGGAGGAGGAGGGGAGGGAGGGGAAGGAGGGAGUUUCUAUUCAGUGAACCAGCUGCUUCCCUCCUCCUCCUCCUCCUCCUCCUCCCCUGUCCUCCUCUCGGACUCUGUGCACCAGCUGCUUCCCCCCUCCUCCUCCCCACCUGCCCUCCUCUCGGACUCUGUCUCUGUGCCACCCCACCGUGCCCCUCCUGCUCGCGUUUUCCUCAAUGCCUACGCGAGGGCAGCAGGAGCAGGGGGCGGGGGGCGGGGCAAGGGAGAGAAAGCGGCGGGAGGGGCGGGAGAGGGGAAGGCGGGUGCGUUUGGGUUCAGGCUGCUGGUGGUGGGAGAGGAUGACUCGCUGUCUUUGCUGCAGCAGGGCGAGGUGGUGUGGGAGAGAGAAGAGGCUCUUGCUUCGGUAGUAGCAGUGGGAGUGGCAGAGCUACCAGAGGAGGAGGAGGAGCUGUCAGUGGCAGCAGUGGAGCAUGACAUCUACGAGUGGGCUCGCACGCACCUGCUCAGAGCCAAGGCCUCUCUCAAUCUCGGCUCAGCUGAGGAACAGGCUUUGGUGCAUCGCCUGCGCACCGCUUCCCCUGAAAAAAUCAAGCCUUUUCGGGAUAGGAAUGGGUUUCGGCGCAUUUUUCUGCUGCUGACCGCGCCAGGUGGGGACAACAGAGGGGCAGGUGGGGGCAGUGGAGCGUCAGGUGGAAACAGCGGGAAGGGGAUGGGGAAGCUGUUUGCGCUGCAUUCAGGGGAUGGCCGGGUGCUGUGGGCUGCUGCGCUGCCGCCAGGUGGUACCUCAGGUGGAAAGGGCGCAUCUGUGUUUUCACCUGAAGCGCUGGUGUUGUGGAGGGACCCCCAUCGCACGUCACCUGACCAAACACCUGAAGCUUUGGUGCUGCAGGUCAGGCAGCAGAAGCAUGAGAAGGAGCAGCAGGGGGGGAAUAGGGAGAUUGCACACGCGGCUUUAGUGACUGUAGUGAAUGGGCACACGGGGGAUGUGCUUGAAUCGAAGGGCCUGCCCUUUGUCCCUCGUCUCAUUGCCCCGUUGCCCCUGGUGGGGAAGGACGAGCGGCGGCUGGUGAUGCUGGUAGAAAAGGUGCCGAUGAACGAAGAGGAAGAGCAGAAAGCGGGGGGAGUUGGGAAGGAGGGGAAGGAGGAGACAGAUGGGAAAGAGAAGGGAGGUGCAGCAGCAGGGGGAGGGGGGAAGGCGCGGCGGUAUGAGCCUGUGCGUGUGCAUGUGUUCCCAGGGACGGAGGAGGCGAGGGGGCUGUUUGAGGGGCACAAGAAGGAGGUGUUCUUUUACCUGGUGGAUGCUGUAACGGGGGCUGUGGAAGGGUAUAGCAUUGGAGAGGAGGUGAAGGAUGAGGCUGGGAGUGGUGGGAGUGGUGGGAGUGGUGGGAGGGGCGAUGGUGGGAGGUUGGGAGGGGGUGUGGUGUAUGGAGCAGUGUUGGUGUGGCGGGUGGUUCUUCCAGCUGAUUCGGAGAUCAUUUCAGCCAUUGCUGCUCCCAAGAGAGAGGAGUCCCAGCAUACGCAAGUGCGAGCCCUGGGCGAUCGCAGCGUGCAGUUCAAGCUGCUUUCCAAGAACCUUCUUUUUCUCGCCACCACCACACCUCCUGCGGCUACUCCUGCCUCUGCUUCUGCUUCUUCUCGUGUGGGGGCAGGAGGGGAGGAGGGGGGAGCGGUGGUGGUGUAUCUGAUUGACACGGUGGGAGGGCAGGUGGUGGAGAGGGUGGUGCAUGCAGGCAUGCAGGGACCUGUGCACGCGGUCAUGGCAGAAAACUGGGUGGUAUACCACUACUUCAAUCUCGCAGCCUCUCGCCACGAAGUCUCCACUAUAGAGCUCCUCGAUACCUCACUUAAGGACGUCCCCGUUAUAGACUACCUCAAAUACGGACUCAGCAUCCCAGGAUCGUCCAACCUCACAGCACCGCUUUCUGCUGCGGAAAUUCCCUGGGAAAGGGUGAAGCGGCUGAGGCAGAGUUACUACUUCCCCUAUGCGUUGAGGUGUAUUUCGGUGACUUCCACCCUUGCGGGGAUCACGAACAAGCAUGUGCUGUUUGGCACAGCGCUUGAUCAGGUCCUUGCUCUCGACCGUCGAUUCCUGGAUCCCCGCAGGGUGCCUGAGCCGUCACAGCAGGACAAGGAGGCGGGCAUCAUGCCUUACAGUGACUCGCUGCCUGCUCCUGGGCAGGCCUACCUGACCCACCGUUACCGCAUCGAAGGCCUGAAGAACAUCCUGUCCUUCCCCACGCGCCUGGAGUCCACCACCCUCGUGCUCGCCCACGGGCUGGACCUCUUCUUUGUGCGCACCGCCCCCUCUCGCGUCUUUGACUCUCUGGGAGAGGACUUCAGCUUUGCUCUGCUGCUGGGAACCAUUGCUGUGCUGUCCAUUGCAAUUCUGGUUACGUGGGGGCUGUCCCGCAAACAGGAGCUGAAGCAGCGGUGGAAGUGA